UUACAAAUUCUAUUGAUGUCUAUUACAGGAGAAUCCAGAAAAUAUCUAGUAAAGACAGCUAAUAAAAAUGAAAUCGAAAAAAGAACUGAAAAACCUGAAGAGGUUACUCAGAAUGGAACAGAUUAUAGUAUUCAAGAUGAAGAACCUGAUAAUAUGCUAGUAUCUUUAAAACCAAAAGAUGGUCUGGCCUUUAGAUCAGAUUCAAUAGAAGAAUCCAAAUACUGUGAUGAUCCAUUUUUCUUAUCCUGUGAGAUAGCAGAUAAGAUCAGUGCAAAACUUCUUGGAAAAGAAAGUAUUCAACUUCCCGGGAAUAUAGAGUUAAAGUUUAAGAAUAAAGUUCCAGGUAAUGAAAAUGCUUACAAUUAUGAAGGAGAUGGGUCCAGCCUUAUUGUUACCUAUAAUCCUGCAAGCGGUGGGUUGAGUGGAACUGCGUACACCAAGGAUGGUCGUACAUUUGUAUUGGAAAAUAUUGGGAAGGAGGGACAUUUGUGGAAAGAAAUGGACAUGCAAAAGCUUGAUGCUCUAAAAUCUGGCAAAAAUGGAAAGGAUUUUGUAGGGCCAAGCGCUAACAAUGACAGUACAGCAUUUGAUUUUGAUUCAAAGGAAAAUACUGAAGAUAAUGUCACCAUGGCAUACAUAUCUGUUAAAGUUUACUACACAAGAGAGUUUGCAAGUCAGACAAACAAUAUAAAUGAAUUUGUUGAUAAAAUGUUAGCCUUAACAAAUCAAGGAUUUUUUAACAGCAAAGUUCCAAUUACUGUGGUUAAAAAUUGCGUAGAAGCAGCAGACGUUAAUGACAUUUAUGACAUGAAUGAACAGUUAGAGGAAUUUACAACAUUAAGAAAAUCCUUCGAAGAUCUUAGAGAUACUGCUGAUACAGCUACUCUUUUGACAACAAAGAGCAACUAUUGUGGACUAGCCUAUACGUUUGCUUUCAAUGGAAAUGCCCUCAGUGUUGUUGCAAAACACUGUGUGGAGACAUAUACUUACGGACAUGAACUUGGUCAUAACUUAGGCGCUUACCAUAACAUUGAGAAUAAUAACCCAGUAUAUCCAUAUGGCCAUGGCAACCGUAUUGACCCAACAAAUGGAAACGAAGGAUAUCAUACUAUAAUGUCUUACUCUGCCAAUGGAUAUAGAAACCAAGUAAACUUUUAUGCUAACCCAGCAGUUAUUUUACCUGAAACUGGGACGCCUACUGGUGAUGAAAAGCUGUCAAACACUGCUGCUGUAUUUUUGCGAAACCGAUUCAGAAUGGCUGAGGUUGGAGAUGAGUCUCGAAAGUGCGACUCAGGAGAGGAUACCAGUUCAGGGCCAAAGGAUACCAACUCAGGAGAGGUAACUGACUCAGGGCCGAAGGAUACCAACUCAGGAGAGAAUACCGACUCAGGGCCAAAGGAUACCAACUCAGGAGAGGUUACUGACUCAGGGCCGAAGGAUACCAACUCAGGAGAGGUUACUGACUCAGGGCCGAAGGAUACCAACUCAGGAGAGGUUACUGACUCAGGGCCGAAGGAUACCAACUCAGGAGAGAAUACCGACUCAGGGCCAAAGGAUAUCAACUCGGGAGAGAAUACCGACUCAGGGCCAAAGGAUACCAACUCAGGAGAGAAUACCGACUCAGGGACGAAGGAUACAGGAGGUCGCCCCUCAAAAAUUACUCCAACUAAAAAAUGGGGGGGAGCUAUUGAAAAUGGAGGAAAUAGUAGAUUUCGACUAUAUCCUAGUAGAUUCCGAAUCAACCCUCAUAACUUCCGACUCAACCGUCGUAGCUUCCGGUUUCCACGAUAUGGCAAAUAGAAUAAGUAGAUGUUUUUGCAAAUGGAAUUGGCUUUAGUGUAUUUAUUAGUGCAUAGUUUAGAACAAUAAAUUAUUACUAAUUAAA